AUGGAUCAAGAUCCUUUGAUAUAGUUUCAUCAUCUCCUCAAAUAGAAGUUUGUAAUCACUGAGAAAUAAUUCUGGGAAUUAAGUAAUGAUGAAGGUCAUUCUGCAGAACAAGAAAUUGAAUUAGCCAAAGAAUUAAUGAUGUAAGAAAGACAUAUUUAAUUGAUUGACUAAACUAUAAAGUAAAUGGAUUAAAUGAUUUUAGAUUGAGGAAUCAAGAUAAAACAUUAAGCUUUGCAUUCCCAUUAAAAUAUGCUAUGAAUUUAAUAUAAAAUCCAGACAUCAUUUAAGAAUAUAAAGAAUAUAAUGUUAUUGAUGUUUCUGAAGAAUUUGAAAAGAUUGUAAUUAUUUUGUUAUUAAUAACUAAAGAAUCUUAAUACUAUAACAGAAGAAUAGGUUAAAGGAUAUUUAAUAAUGAAAUUUGAUGAUACAGGUAGUUAAAAGAGUGAUGCAUGGGAAGAUGAUUUAGGUGAAGUUGUUGAAGUGGACAAUUAAGAAUUAGAAGCUUUAGAAAAAGAAGUUGAUUAAUAGGAAGAAAAAAUAAUGGAAGAAGAAGAAUAAAUGAUAAAAUAAUAGCCUGAAUUAAUAGAAUAAAUUGAAGAAAAUCAUGUUGAUCCAAAUUGGAAAAUAGAUGAAUCUAAAGCAUUAUUGAAAAUUCAUAAUAAAGUUAUAUGCACAUUUUCUUAGAAUCCUAUUUCUAAGGAUAUGAUUGCUAGUGGUUCUGAAGAUGAUUAUCUUAAAAUUAUUAAACUUAGCAAUUAAAAAGUAAUAUUUGAAAAAAAAUAUGAUGAAACUGUAGGAUUAGUUGAUUUUAGUUAUGAUGGUAAAUAUGUUGCUGCUGGUAUUUUAACAGGAAAGAUUUAUAUCUAUUUAUUAAAUGAUAUGAGUGAAAAAGUACUUGAUGGAAGUUAAACAGAACCAAGUGUAUUGAAAUGGCAUCCAAAAGGAAAUGUUAUUUUAGCAGGAUUUUAAGAUUCUACUUUAUGGAUGUGGAAUGGAGUUAAUGGUGAAGUAAUGAGUGUAUUUGCUGGACAUGAAGCAGAAAUUACAUGUGGUGGUUUCACUUUAGAUGGUAAAUUAGUUGUAAGUGGUUCAGCUGAUCAAUCAUUUAGAGUUUGGAAACCAAAUAGUUCUGAAUAAAUUGUUAAAAUAAGUUCAAUUUCACAUAAACACAAUUAUCAUAAGGAUGAUGUUGUAUGUUUUGUAUAACAUCAUAAAUAACCAAUAAUAUCUACUGGUAGUAGUGAUUCAACUAUUGCAUUUAUCAAUUUUGAAGAUGGAAAAGUAUAUAAAAUAAUAAUAUUAACUUUUAGGUUAUUAGUAAAAGUGAUCCAUUAGGAGAUAGUAUUGUUGAAUUAUGUUUUAUAGGAACUAAUUAACCUAUUAUUGUAGCAGGAGAUAUUUUAGGAUCUAUAUAUAUCUACAAUUGGAAUUCAAUGAAAUUAAUUGAAAAAUUAUGCUUAUGCAAAGUAAUUUAUAAAUAAAUAUGUUUUUUAGAAUUCUAUUACAAAAAUAUUAUUUUAUAAUCAAUAAUUCCAUAUAUCUAGUUUAGAUGGUAAGAUUGUCACAUUUGAUGUAAGAUAAAUGCAUAAUUACAAUGUACUUUAAGCUAAAUCAGGAAUAUAUGAAAUGAUAGUUGAAGAAGGAUGGAUAUUAAUUGGAUGUGAGAAUGGUUAUAUAUAUGUAUAUUGA